GUAUACAUAUCGUCGAACAGGUAUGUACGGCAUGCUGUCGUCGCGAUCCAAGAAUCGGUAUCACUGCCGUACUCUGUGCCCCUUUCCCUAUUACCGUAGUUUGCGACCCUGGGGGGUAUUGUUGAAAUCGAAGGGUCGCCGUGUACGAAAACCGCCGUGUUGCACCAUCCACUACACCAGAAUAGUGCCAUUCAUACUUGCCGCCACACGCCAGAUUUUUCUAAUUUUCGCAUUGUGCUGUCUGCCGCUUCUCCGUUGCUUCUCGCCUGCGUCAUAUAUCAUUCUUACAUGUUCCCGCCAUUUUUUCGCUCUCGCAGCAAAAGCAUGGCGCGCAAUUGCACCGCGCUUGCUGCUGAGCACGAUGUUACGGCAGGGUUUGUUGACCUCGGUAUAGACGAUCUGGAUGCCCACACGACUUUCAGCAAGAAUCCGAAUGCCACGGCCUUGAACGCGUUCAUCGACUACCUGUAUCUGAUGGACUCUUCCGUCAUUAUCCAAACCGGAUCGUCGUUCUCCUCCACAGUUGCACGUGUGAAGAGCUUGAAGUGCAGAGAGGUAGAACACCCUCCAGAAUUGCCUGUCAAAAGACUGAACGUGUGUUUGCCACAUGACUGCUAGGCGUUCGGAGUGGCACCGACACCUCGGAACUCGUCCGUGUUGCCGCGCCUGUGUUUCAUGGACAGUCCAACCGUCCGAUUGGAAAUUGCCGUUGCUGGCUUUAGGGCCGUCAAAACACGCAAGGCAACCGUGAUGUGCUUUUGCUUCGGCCACAUGUGGGCAAUGCAUUUGACGUGUAACUCAAGGAGCGUUUUGGUGGAUUUACAACAAGUAUUUGUUGUAGGAGCUUCGUGGGAUUGGAUCAAUACCAUGUCGGGGAAAUUGACGUGUCCAUAUGCACAGUAGCCCAGUAUGUCAGGGAUAUUUUAACCGAAACUGAUGGUACGACUGUCUAUCCCGUCUUGGUUCGUUGUCAGUAACGCAAUCUGUGGACGGUGUCAUCGGCAAUGCUCAUCGUACUGACCCGCAGCAAUAGCAUUAGAUGAAUUUGCCAGAAGCGUUGAGUGUUGAAAAGCGAGCUUCCGGAGAUAUUCUAGGAUGGUUGGAACAAGGAACAUUAUUUUCUGGAAGUUCGAGAACAGAUGUUCUCAAAUUGAAAAUAGUGUUGUCAGUCAGCGCCAUCCCCGAAAAAAAAUAAAAAAUCUUUGAUCAAGUGAGCCGUGUCACCCAAUUCAACUUUCAGAUCAAGGGAUGCGUGUGACCGAAAUGUAGACUGCUCAUAUACCAAAUGAUCCAUCUAAUCGAAAUC